AUGGGUCUGGGCGUCCUUCCUGAUCGUCACCUCUCCGAUGUCCCUGGAACAUCAUUUCUCAAUGAGAAGGGUGUCUCUUCGAGCUUAGAAGCGUCUACCGAGAAGAACCAUGCCAGCCUCAAGCACGACCCAACCGGCAAAAUCGUUCUUGUACCCCAGCCUUCCGACGACCCGAACGAUCCUCUCAAUUGGCCGAGAUGGAAGAAGGAAAUGUUCACUGUCUCCAUCAUCGUCGGCUGCGGCUGCGUCGGUGCCAUAGGCCCUCUUCUCGGCCCAGCAUUGGUGCCUAUUGCCAAAGAAUUCGAUGUUCCGCUUCAGACCUUCUCCCUGGGGUUCACUGGAGCUCUCCUCAUUACUUUGGCGUUCGGUAAUCUCUUCUGUAACUCUCUGGCAAUGAUGAUCGGCAAACGACCGGUUUACCUCAUCACCGCAGUGGGCCUCCUCUGCUCAACUAUAUGGUCCGCCGUAGCCAAGGACUUUAUCUCGCUCGCUCUCUCCCGAGCUGUCCAGGGCUUUUGCAUGUCCCCAAUGGAGGCUCUGGUUCCGGCAUCGAUCUCUGACAUCUGGUUCGUUCAUCAGAGAGGAUUUCGGAACGCGGUUUUCAACUUGGGUGUCCUUGGUGGCAUCAACCUUGCUUCACCUAUUGCGGGCACGAUCAUCGACAAAUACGGCUACAAGACUUGUCUCUGGGCUAUGGCUGGUGCAUUUGGCCUUCAGCUUGUUCUCACCUUCUUCUUCAUGCCAGAGACAGCUUACAAGCGUUCCAUCGACUCGAGCAUCCCAGCAGCAAGCUCUCAAGGAGAGGGUCCUUCUGCUGCCGCUGACAAGAAGCAGUUUGUAUCCGAGGUUGAGAACACAGCUUCAGCUAGCGGCAAUGCACCUACUCCAGAGCCACAUUCAUUCAUUUAUUCACUUCGGCCUUGGAGCGGUUAUUACGAUUCAUCUGGAUUCUGGUCUAGCAUGUUUGCACCUUUCAGAAUGCUUGCUUCGCCCGUGGUUAUUUGGGGAUGCUUCCAGUUGACCAUUUGCAUGAGCUGGUUGGUAUUCCUGGCAUCUACGUUCUCGCAGAUCUUUACUGGACCUCCAUACAACUUUUCAGUUACGCAGGUGGGGUUAUCAAACCUGUCAUCAUUCGUUGGUACUUCUAUCGCUACCGCGCUCGCUGGCGUCAUGGUAGAUGGACUGGCCACUUUUAUGGCUAAAAGAAAUGAGGGUAUCUACGAGCCUGAAUUCCGUCUUCCAAUCCUCGUUCUUCUGACUACAUUUGGUGGCUGUGGCUUUUUCGGCUACGGCCAGAGCCUUUCAAACGCUGAGCCUUGGCCGAUCCCUGUCAUUGUCUGCUUGGGUAUGAUCGCCCUCGGAACCCAGUUCGGCAUCGUCGGGGUCGUAUCCUACGUAGUCGAUUCUCAUCGCCGUGAGGCUGUUGAAGCAUACGCAAUGAUGAGUUUCGCCAAGAAUGUCUUUGCCUUUGGCAUGAGCUUCUAUAUGAACGACUGGGUUGCGAUUCAAGGCGUGAGGAAUGCUUUCUUUGUGAUUGGCGGUAUUACCAUUGCCAUCACCAUGGCGACAAUCCCGAUGUAUAUCUACGGAAAGAGAGCACGAAGCUUUGCAUAUCGCCACGGGUUCCUUCUAUAG